AUGCAAUUACCCGUCAUUUAUGCUUGCGCAGCUACUCCACCAGUUUCAACUCCAACUACAACUUCAGUUCAACCUCCGACACCAACGCCAACUCCCCCUUGCACACAACCAACAGUAAUACCACCGUUGCAACUAAUGGCUGGUAUAACGGUGAAUCGAGUGAAUUUCAUAAAUAUUCAACUAGGAACAGUAUCGAUACCAUUAGAGUGCAAUAAAGAACGACUGUGGCAAACAAGCGAGCCACCAUUGGUUGUUUCCACGAUAGAAUGUGUCCUCAGCACUCCUUAA